AACGCACUUCUUUGUUAUCUUCCUAUCUCUCUCAUUCACCGCCUUCACUUAACAAUGGUUGUUUCUCUCAAACCCGCCAAAUUCUACGGCUCAAGCCUCCCCCGUCCUCGCAUCUACGCCAACCCAGACGGCUCCGACCGUAUCGACCCCCCUCUCUCCGUUAGCGAUCCACUCAUGUCAUGGGCCCAAGAAGCCCACUGGUCCAUGGGCGGCCUCAGUUUCAAACGCCUCCGUCUCCAAGGCAAAAUCGAAGGAAACGUUGAAAAACUCCGUAACCAACGCGAAAAAACUUUCAAAGCCCAAGCCCAUACACUCAGCCCUAGUUCCGAUCUUCCCAGAUCUAAAACCUCCCCUUCGCAUUCUCCUUCUCCACCACCGGCUCCUAUUGCUUCCAAGCGCCGUAGACUCGUAGCUCUUCUCGAGAAGGAGAAUGAAGAAGAGGUUAGGGUUUCGGUUCCUGAAACUCGUGGGAGAAGGUUGGUGAAGAAGCUUGGUGAUGAUUUUGAUCGUGUAGCUUCACCGGAGAAUAAUCGAUCUAAUAAAACUGGCUCUGAUUCGACUUCGACGUUGAAGACUCGGAAACGAAGAUUGGUCAAAAUUGGUGAUGUUAAGAAGGAUGUGGAAGAAGGAGAAAAUGUGAAGAAGAAUAAGAGUGAAAUUGAGCAAAGCCCUAAUUCUGAGAAUAGGGUUAGAACUUCUCCCAGAUUGGUUAAGCAUGAUUCAAGUUAGGGGUUUUUUGGGUCAACAAUCCAAUUAGGGUUAUGUAAUAUAAAUUGUGUUUCUCUCUCUUCAAUCACUUUUAUCUUUUGAGUUAAUCUUUUUCUUUUCUUUAGUUUUGUAGACGCUGCUGCGUUUGUUUGUGAACAAGAAAAUGAAAAUAGAGUCUCUUUGCAAUUUUUAUGGUUACUUCUUUUUAAUUUUCUAAUAUGCUA